AUGAUCGAACACUUCCUCGACGCCUAUCAAAAAGAAAAGUUCCGUAAGCAAGCGUUGCUCAAGGUGGAACGUAAGAAUGCUCAAAGCUCCGUCUACCGAGCCAUCGAUCGUUUCAGCGAGCGCAAAGGCUUGUACCUUCGCGCCAUCUCCGACAUCUUGCGUCAAACCACCGAACUGGCCAUGGGCACCCUGAAACAAUUGUCCCCACCUCACUUCCUCUCCAAACCGCACGAACAACUAUCCGCCUGUUCCAUACCAACGCCCACCACCUCGAUCAAUGCCAUUCACACGAUUCUCAAGGAGGUGAACUAUGUCUCCACUCACCUGGGCACCCUCUCGGUACUGCUGUUCUCCGAUCCCGACAAGUGCGAAAGGUCCAACGUCAAGCGCGAAUUUGAUAUCGGCGAGGUGAUCCAAAAUGUUGGUGAUGCGUUGGCCGGCGUCGCUUCUUGUGCCAAGGUUGAAUUGGUCAUCUAUCACGUGGAGUACGGUUUGAAUCAUUUAAACGUCGUCGGCGACGAAGCCGCCCUCCGACAUGCUCUAUUAGAC